CAAUGACAGCCAGCACAUGCUUACAAGCCAGACGCUGAAUGGACACAGAGGAAAUAUAGGUUUUGUGUAACUCCGGCGCUGUGUCAGUGAGGAAGUCUGCCAUCAGAGUGUUUGUUCGUUGGUAUCUCUUUCCAGCAGACGUCUAUAUACUCAGUACUGUGGUAUGUCUCAGAGGAAGAUGCUGCAAUUCUCCACAGGAGCUCUGCUCUUUCUCCUACUCUGGUUUGGUGGACCCGUCCUUGGAGAGAUCAGUGACAACUUCUCCCAGUGCCUUGACUUCUUCUACAAAAAAAGCCCACCAACGGGUAUCAAUGCAGCAGGAUACCAGCCGAUAUGCCAGCGCUACAAAAACCAGUAUCAUUUUGCCAGCUUGUAUCACCGUCAGCAUCGUGCACCCUUGUUCUCUGCCUACAUACUCAGUUCUGCAGAUGGCAAACGGCCCAAUUCCACCUGGAUGUAUGAACCACAGUUGGCGUUUUCCCGUGCCAGCUCAGAGAUGAAACCUUUCCAUACCCCGAUGGACAAUAAUGUGAUUGAGAGCCAGGCGAUGCUUCAGGACUACAAGAACUCCACCUACACCAAAGGCCAUCUCAAUCCCAGCAUGCACCAGAAGACAAAACAAAACCGUGAGGCCACCUUCACCCUGACAAAUAUUGUCCCUCAGAAAGCAGGCUCCAACUCCGGCCCAUGGAGCAUUCUGGAGAAUGAGAUGUUAAGAAAAUUUAAGACCUACUGCAAUGGGUCAAUGUACGUGAUCACCGGAGCUAUGCCUUAUACUUCUGAGCCCCGCUGGAUCAACAACAGGGUGUCUGUUCCUGAGUACAUGUGGUCUGCCUACUGCUGCCCAUCCUACAUCACCAACCUUCCUGAGUCUGUGAGGCCCUUUUUCCCCACAUACGCUGCAGUGGGAAGAAAUGACCGCAACAGUGGAGAGGAGAUUGUGCCAAUUAAUGUCAAGGCAAAGGCCUCAGUGAGGGGCUAUGAUGUGAGGCGGAUGUCUUUAGAGACUCUGGAGGGCAUCCUGGCACAGAGGAUGGCCAUGCCUAUCAGUCUGUUUCAUGGGAAGUGUCAGGUUGAAGCGUUUUAAUCAAAUGUGAACUGCUGGAUGUGGACUGCAGUAAUCACCAUGCACACACCAGUGUCUGUCUUUAACAAAGUACCCCCCCUCUCUCCCUAACUCUCUGUAAUUACUAAAUGAGUGUUUCAUUAACCAGGACAUGCUGAUUAUCUCAUGAUUUUACUAAUAAAGCAAGAUUAAAAUGGA